GAAAGCCCGAUGAUGAUUGCAUGCCCGAAGUUUGUUGGGGAGAACCCGCAAAAUCACAUGCCGGCCUUCUCAACCGCUGCCCCUAAUGAGUGAUUUGCGAUUCGUCGCCACCGGCUGCUGAUCUACAUCUCUGCGCAGUGGUCAGCCAGGAACCAGUCUACGGUUGCAACGUUUGACUGCUGAUUUGGCCGGACAUCCCCCAUCGAUCAGUAUCGCUCCACACGUGCAACUGCGCGUCUAUUUCGCCUCUCACUUGAGAUUCGUUCUCAUGGCUAGAAGCAAGAAGGACAAUUUCAACCAAUACCUGAGGCCUCGAGAUGUCUAGACUCUUUGGUCUCGGAAGAGCGAGGAAACGGGAUGUCGCUAAACAAUCGCGAAUCGACACUGUCCAUGAUGAUGACGCCUGUCACGUUCCUGCCACAUCGGGCUUGCCUCUUCUUCCACGACCACUGGCGUCUAUGGUGUCUUUCAUGACCCAGUCGACCUCCCUGUCUCUACGCUUGGGAACCUUUGUCGGCGGUCUUGCCCUUGAUGGAGCGAAAGCCACGACGUUGACGGGCCUCGAGCUCAGCAGAGCAGUGAUCGAAGGAAUACUGACAAGAGCUGGGCGGGAUGUUGCCAUUCGGACUCAUGGAGAGCAUGGGAAGGCGGAAGCAGAGUCGCUACUAGAACGAAGCCUGGCCACUUUACACAAGACAGUCACAUCUGCGUCGUUCUUUGCGGCUGCGUCGUUUCAUUUCUCUUCAACCACGCUUUCAUCUGCUGCUAACAUGUCCCAGUCUCUUUUAUCUACCCUGGACGCUAUCCUUGGCUCCACAGAGUCAUCGAGGGCGAUUGCAGCCAUCAUUACCCUCAUCCGGAGAGAAUUCAGGAGCCCAAACGCCGAUACUGGCGCCGAUAAGAUAGGCGUUGGAGAUCUUCUGGUUGGCUGUGUCGGAUUUGCACUACUUCAACGUUGGGGAAGGAGAAACACGCAAAUACACCUCCGUGCAAACAAUGGGGAAGAAACUGUGUGGGAUGUCGUCAUCUUGGAUAGCGGGCUGAGAGCAGAUGUUGUCGGUUCACAUCAACUUGACAUGGCGGCUAUCUCCCAUGAUUCAUCGCGCGACAAGACAAAUUGCUCGUCGUUCAUAUCCCCUGGGAACGAUGAAGAGAUUUUUGAUGCUGUACAGCGACCUGCAAGUACCGUUGAUCCCAGCGAGUAUCCAUCCAUAACGCUUCCGCCGAAUGAACAGCACCCGGUAUCAGACGAAGACAUUCGCUUGUACAUCAUGAAGCAACUUCCCCAGGGCUGCCAUGCCUCUAUUCGAACCGACUUGGUUACGACACGUACUAUUACAUUAGAUAUAUACGACGGCGACACUGCAGAGAUCUCUCCUCCACCAGGAACAAUGAUGAUCGAGGAAAACUUCAACGAUGAGCUUGGCCAUAGACACUCAAGCGGCUCUCAGCUUCCCAGACACACAGUGGUGUUCCGGACAGCUUUCAACAAGUCCCAAAGCUUGGAUGUGAGACCCUCACAAAAGCAAGAUACGGCAGUAUACCAGGUUGGCACCGGGACAGGAGACCCAAGCAGCCACCAUGCUCUCGGAGAAGCGGAAAAUGAGGCCAUAAAUGGGAGACAAGCACCUCAGAGCAAGCUAGCGGUACAGGGACACCUCGAAGCCGACCCUCACAUGAGAACAACACGAAUGGCUACCCCGGGGAAGCAGGAUCGGGGCGAUUCCAGUCAACAGCCUUUGAAUGAGGCGGGGACAGCGCCAAGAAGUUCUUAUAUCAAAGCUAAAUCUACGCAGAAGGGGAAGCCUGGAAGCUCGGAUAAGAAAGAUGCUGGUAGAUCUACUGGGUCAAGCGAAAAUCCAAGGACGCCGGCCUCGUCAGAGAACCAGCCUCAUCAAGGCAAAUCAAAGAAAGGUUCUAAUCCCACGAAGAAGCCCGACAAUCUGUCGAUAUCGCAUAACCGCAAAUCCUUGACAUCUGUGGCAAAUAGAGGUUUACCGAGGACACCAUUGCAAGGACCUCGAAUACGAUCUGCCCCUAUUCCAACAACACGCCAAUUCGAAUCACGCGAUACCAAUCACGGACAAACUCCAAGGACGGAACGCUAUACGGUACAUGAGAAGAACAACGAAAGAUACGUGGCGCAGACGGAUGCUUAUACUCGACCAUCACUGGACGUACGACCAGGAACACCAACGUCACGGAGGGCUCAUGUGCGUAGCAGCAGCUCCAUGUCACUGACAAGGUCUGAAAGCGACGUGACGAUAUCCAUAAACGACGAAUCUCGGCCAAGCUCCCCUGUCUUUUACCGACAGUCUGGUUCCUUUUCUCCCAGCCUAUACUCCUUGGCAACCGCGGGCUCUGAAACAUCCCUCAUUCUGGCCCAUCGUGGCCGAAGCAGUGCAUACGACGAAAUAGAAACGAUCCAAGCACUUAAUCGGGACGGUACUGUCCCUGGUAUUUUCCCUGAAAAACACUUUGUGCAUAACAUCAGACGCUUUUGUCGCUUCUCUUCUGCCUCCUACGGUUCGAAUGCACUCAAAGUCAUGGGCAUUCCGCGGACAAUACAGGGGCUUCCUUAUCAAGAAUCCCACAGUCCUCAGCAUAGCGAAUUCUCGGAUCAUGCAGGUCUACCAGCUUCUACCAUCCUUUUGUCCUCUUAUGUAGAUCCUGCAGGUGGUACCAAUGCUGCUGGGGAGACGGAAAGCGGCUUCCCCUUAGUCCAUUAUCUCUUCUUGGACCAUGAGUCCAAGGCGGUCGUCCUAACCCUAAGAGGGACAUGGGGUUUUGAGGAUAUUCUGACUGAUAUGACAUGCGACUACGACGAUCUUGAAUGGCAAGGCAGAAGCUGGAAAGUUCACAAGGGUAUGCAUGCCUCUGCGAAGCGGCUUUUGAUGGGAGGGGGCAGUAGAGUCAUGAUCACAAUUCGAGCUGCCUUGGAAGAUUUCCCGGAUUAUGGCGUGGUGUUCUGCGGUCACUCUCUGGGCGGAGGAGUUGCUGCACUGCUAGCGACAAUGAUCUCAGAGCCCAAUAAUAAUGAAAGUUCCGGGACAUCGUUUACCACUGCUUCUUAUCAGUCUGCCAAGGGCAAUCUGCCUCUGGCUGGAAGCAAUGAGGGGGACAGUGCAUUUUUCCUGCCGCCAGGAAGACCAAUCCAUGUCUAUGCGUAUGGGCCUCCCUCGACUAUGUCCCCCUUUCUGCGUCGUGCAACACGCGGCUUAAUCACGGCAGUCGUGAAUGGUCAAGAUGUGGUGCCUAGCCUGUCAUUGGGCAUCUUACACGAUAUGCAUACAGCGUCCCUUGCGUUCAAAAGUGACGUCUCUAAUGCCAAAUCUCAUGUACGAUUCCGCGUCUGGGAAGGUUUGCGGCAAAGCAUAGUGAACAAAUUUUAUGUCAACGAACCGCCUAUCCUUACCCACGCCGGGGAUGGUGUUGGCGAGGACGCUUGGGCCUGGAACACCUUGAAGAUGCUCAGGGACGAGAUGCACGCCCCGAAGCUGAUGCCGCCGGGAGAGGUAUUCGUGGUUGAGACGAUGCGUGUCCUCCAGCGAAACGCCUUUACAUCUGAUUUGGAUAAAGAUGGCUAUCCGUUGCUUGGACGGCCUGCAACACGAGUGCAACUGAAGUUUAUCCGUGACGUCGAAUCAUUAUUUGGAGAACUCAGGUUUGGUUCAGGAAUGUUCAGCGACCAUAACCCAGCAAGAUAUGAAGCUAGUCUUGCUGCGCUGGCGCGAGGUAUCUUGGAUAGUUGAUCUAGGGUUAUUAUUUAUGCUCAUUAGAUUAAGCGAUAUAAAUCAUUGGACAUAGCGCAUUUUAUUAGCAAAUCGAGAUGAAU